AUGCAGCCUUUGGGGUUCGAACAGUUGAGUGAAGAGGCCAAGAACUUGAUUUCGUCUCAUGUGCCAGGAGUUGCUCGGGAUACUCAUGAAGGCAGCUCGUCCAGAGUCUACAACGAAGACAACGGAUCCACUGCCAAUUUGAUCAACCCCGAUGACUACAAUAGCGAGCCCAACACCCCUACAAAAGAAGGGUUUUAUGCUCCCAACCCCGAAAUGUUCUUGAGAGGAGAGAACAACCCCGAUUUUGAUCAACAGGACGACUUCCUCCUCGACGAGGACACGGAGGACGGCUAUAUAGCUCCUCCCAAGCAAGUUCACGCUGGUGUGUUGUCGUCGUUAUUGAGAUUGUAUCAGAACCCUCAUGAUGCAAAAUCGGCUGCCAGUCUUACCUCCAGAAGCACCGAUGCAACCACUUUGGCAGAGGAGAGCAACUUUCUCGAGAGUGCCGAUACUACUAGACAUUCCACAAUGGACUUCAGCAAGUGGAAGAACGAGUUAAAGAAGGCCCCCAAGAAAUUGACCAACAAGUUCCCUGGCCACAAGAAGGGCGCAGCUAUCACCUCGGACCCAGAUGACGAAGGUUCCUUUGACGAGAAGGAUGCAGAGGGUGCACAUUUGCCCUCGUUCCAAAAUGCCAAACCCAAGGCUCCAAAGAAAGUCAACGUGAACAAGGUCAACUUGAAAAAACUCAAGAACCACAAGAACAACAAAAAGGCAGACAGACUCCGAAUCACAGUGCAUAUUGCUGACAUCCUUCAGAGACAGCGGUUUAUCAUGAGAAUGUGCAGAGCCUUGAUGUUAUUCGGUGCCCCCACCCAUAGAUUGGAAGAGUAUAUGAUCAUGACCAGUAGAGUGUUGGAAAUCGAUGGGCAGUUCAUCUAUUUCCCAGGGUGUAUGAUCGUGUCUUUUGGUGACGCAGCCACCAGAACCUCCGAAGUCCAUUUGGUAAGAUGUGCCCAGGGUGUCAACUUGUCCAAAUUAUCUGAUACCCACCGAAUCUACAAGGGCGUUAUCCACGAUUUGCUCGGUGUGGAAGAAGCAGCGUUAAAAUUGGAAGAAUUGUUAAGAAAGAAAAACAUGUACCCCCCAUGGUUGUGUGUUUUCCUUUACGGUUUGGGGUCUGCGAUGGUGUGCCCAUUUGCAUUCGGUGGUGGAUGGGUAGAUCUUCCCAUCGCUUUCGGGGUUGGGCUUUGUGUUGGAUACUUGCAGUUCAUUGUGUCGUCCAUUUCCAACUUGUACUCAUCUGUCUUUGAAGUCACUGCCUCGAUUGUUGUUGCGUUCAUUGCUCGUGCUAUUGGGUCGAUCCAUCAUGGUUCGAUCUUCUGUUUCUCGGCAAUUGCCCAGGGUUCGUUGGCAUUAAUUUUGCCUGGUUAUAUUAUCUUAACUGGUUCCUUGGAGUUACAGUCCAGAAACUUGGUAGCAGGGUCCGUCAGAAUGUUCUACGCCAUCAUUUACUCGUUGUUCUUGGGUUUUGGAAUCACGUUGGGAGGUGCCCUUUACGGAUGGGUUGACAAGAAUAGUGUCUCGGCCAACAAAUGUGGGGACGACCACAGCAUGGACGACAAAUGGAAGAUCUUGUUCGUUCCUAUGUUCUCCCUCAGUCUUGGGCUUAUCAACCAGGCCCGUUGGCAGCAGCUCCCCGUGAUGAUUUUCAUCUCUUGCGUGGGAUACAUUGGCAAUUACUUUGCAGGAAAGCAUUUCUCCACGGUCACCGAAUUCACUGCCUGUAUUGGUGCGUUCAUCAUUGGAGUGUUGGGAAACUUGUAUUCGAGAAUCUGGAAGGGGAUGGCUGUGAGUGCCAUGCUUCCUGCUAUUUUCGUGCAAGUGCCCUCAGGUAUUGCUUCGCAGAGUAGUUUGGUAUCUGGUAUCCAAGCUGCUGACCAAAUCACCAAGAGUAACGAUAGCUCAGCGGACGGAAACGCCACGGUUUCUUCGGGCUCCUUGAGUUUCGGUCAGACCAUGGUCGAGGUUUCCAUUGGUAUUAGUGUGGGUCUCUUUGCGGCUGCAUUGGUUGUGUACCCACUUGGUAAGAAAAGAACUGGUCUUUUCACUUUAUAG